AUGUGGACACUCCGGUCACGUCUCGUUGCGUCGGAUCCUGAUGUCGCAUUCGCGCUUCGCGAUUUGUCGCUGGUCCGCCGUCGCUUCUCACCUGGUGUGUUUCUGGUGGUCAGCAUUUCCCCCUUUGCUUUUUUCUGUGUCGAGAUCGAGCGUUUUCCCACAAAAAUCAAGCUGAGAACUUCCCCGACAGUUUGCCACGCGACAGACUCAGCCUCGGGAGUCCAACCGGGUCACAUACAUCGCUGGAAGAGUUGGCGUCGAGAAACACCAAGAAGCGCAGAAUCGAUCGCCGGGACGGCAGAAAGCAAUCGUCAGUGCGCGAGACAGGGAAAAGACACAACGACAAUGGCUGACGCCUUUGCAGUUCUGCGUUCAAGGGCUGGUGAAGUCGCCUUCCUUCAGCAGUGCCGCAACCAACUGUUCCUUCCCUCGCUGUCUCCCUCACGCGUCUCUCGUCCUGUAGAGCAAGGACCUGCGAACUCUCGCUUCUCUCGUCUCUCUGCAGUUGCAUGUGAAACACCCGGGAGCGCCGGAGAGACAAUGCGCGCCGUCGAAGCUUGCGGACCUCGAGACAAGAUCUCCACCGGACAAAAGGAAGCAUAUUCUGAAGAACUGCCGCGCCGUCACCUGCGCAGACAAGUUGUUUCGUCGCAGGUGUCUCUGGAGGAUCCCGCGCUGGGCUCGGCUUCGUCCUCGUGUUCAGACCUCUCCUUCAGACAAAAAGAGUCGACGAGCAGUUUCUUCUGCUUCGCUUCGGUCGUCUCCCCUCUUGUCUCGGCCGUCUGUUAAGACAAGAGGGAGUUGCCGACCGGCAGGCCUCUCUUUUUCC